AUGCAAGCCACCUGCCGCGCCGUGAUGAACUCAUCACCCCGAGAGGAAGUGACACUGAGUGGGAAGUACUUGACCUGUGUCCAUGUACGCCUCUGGGCUCUGUCGCUGCAGCACUGUGUGGGAGAACCUGUGCUUGCUUUCUUCCUCCUUUCCACUGUUCUCCACGAGACAGCCACCACAUUGCAGGCGGCUGCAGGUGUGGGAGGGAAGAAAAAGAUGGCGACACCUUUCCCUGCUGUAACUGAAACAAGGACGGGCCCUCUCGGCUGCAGUAACUACGACAGCUUGGAUUCAGUUAGCUCGGUGUUGGUGCACAGCCCGGAAAAUAAGAUCCACCUAAAGGGCUUGCAAGAUGUCCUGCCAGAGUUCCUGCGUGAGCGUUUUGUGGAGGCAGCCCUCAGCUAUGUGGCAUGCAACUCAGAGGGCGAGUUGCUCUGCCGCAACAACGACUGCUGGUGCCGCUGCUCGCCCCGCUUCCCAGAGUGCAACUGUCCCUUCGCUGACAUCAAGGUCAUGGAGGCGAACCUGGAGAAGAGCAAAGGGGCCUGGCAGGGCUUAAACCAAGAUUUCAUGGAUUCAGAUGAAUUCAAAGCCCUCCUGAAGCGCUUGCCCACUGACCGGUUUUUGAAUGUGUCCAUGAUUGCCAAGUCCUGGGCGGCUGACUUGUCUCUGCAGAAGCGCUACGCCCAGCUGGAGUCCGGCUCUGCCCUGGUUCUGAGUAAAGCCCAGAAGAUUGUCAGGAAACUGUUCACCCUGAGCAAACGCUGCCCAAAACAUCCUCGCAUCAGUCUGCCCAGAGAAAGGCCUGUUGGGUUUUGGUUGAACCGGGCUCAGUCCCUGCUCUACUGCAAUGAGCACGGCAUUCUGGGCUCGUUCUUUGAGGAGGUGAAGAGCUGCAUCUGCCCUGGGGAGAAGCCCACCUGCCAGGGAGUCGUCCCCUGCGUUGUGGGCACCUCCUCCACCUCCUGCUCCUCCUGUGCCACUGACAACACAACACGUUGCGGAUCCUGUCACCACGGAAACCUCCUCCAUCUUGGUUCUUGCCGGCCGAGCAUCUCAGCAUCCCUGGACCACUAUCUGAACUUUGACCUGGACAUGCCUGAUGCUGAGGCGAAGCACCUCCUUCAGCGACUGGACAGCAAAAUUGAAGUCCACGCCAUUUACAUCAGCAACGACGUUCGCCUGGGAAGUUGGUUCAAUCCUGCCUGGAGGAAGAGAAUGUUGCUGACACUAAAGAGUAACAAAAAUAAGUCAAAUCUUAUACACAUGCUGAUGGGCAUUUCAUUCCAGAUAUGUUUGACUAAGAAUUCAACACUGGAGCCCGUGCCUGCAAUUUAUGUCAAUCCUUAUGGGGGAAGUCACUCAGAGAGCUGGUUCAUGCCAGUCAACCAGCCUGACUUCCCUGACUGGGAGAGAACUCGAUUGGAUGCCGUCGCCACGGCACAGUGUUACAACUGGACGCUGUCUCUUGGCAACAAAUGGAAAUCCUUCUUUGAAACAGUGCACAUCUACCUGCGAAGCCGCAUACUCACAGAUGAUCCAACAGUGAAUGAAACUCUCUUCUAUGAGCCGUUGGACCUGGAUGACCAGACGUCCAACAUGGGGUACAUGAAGAUCAACACGCUGAAAGUGUUUGGAUACAGCAUGCACUUUGACCCUGAAGGCAUCAAGGAUCUGAUUCUCCAGCUGGACUACCCCUACACGCAGGGUACGCAAGACGCUGCCUUUCAGAUGUUGUUGGAGAUGAGAAACCGGAUUAACCGGCUUUCUCCACCAGCACCGCAGCCACUGGACCUGUUUUCUUGUCUGUUGCGCCAUCGGCUGAAGCUGUCAGUUGGCGAGGUGGCUCGCAUCAAGGACUCUCUGCAGAUGUUCAACUCCAAGCUCCCCAAUGCUUCACCUGAACCUGAACUGGCCCAACUCUGCAGCUAGCUAGCUUAGCACAAGUCAGGUUCAGGAGUGAUGCUACCCAUACCAAGUGGAGUUGCUGCUUGACUGAGCAAGGGUGGUCCUUCUAAAUUAGCCUCUUGGACCCCAAUCCUCUGGAUUAACAGUACAUCCAACUGCAAAAGCUGACUGCUGGGCUUUUCUUUGGUUUCUCUUGGCUGAUGUUAUGUUCUGUCAUAUUUUUUAUCAGAAUUGCCAUCAGAGCACUUUGAUGAACAGUAGUCAUGUUGUGAGCUUUUGGAAAAACAGCUGACAUCUGGACUCUCUUUUAGGAGCUCUGAAGUAGGAGCCUGGAGGCUUACCUUUGCUAUUACUGCCAUGCUUUUGGCUAACUGUACAACUGGAUGAAGUAAAGAGACUGUCUUACACCGACAGGUUGUUUGAUUCGGAACCUCAGAGAGCCGAUGUCAUUAAGCAUACCUAAGACAUCUGCCUUGCAAAGAUAAAGGUGGUUUUGAUAUGUAAAGAGGAACUCUUUGGGGGUCUUCAAAAAUGAGUAAAUGGAAGAGGAGAUAUCCCCUUUUCUAACCCUAUUUUAUUUGGCUUUAGAACAAUCUCAUGGGAAGGGAAAAUUGGAUAAUAUUAUAUAUGUGGUAAAUGAGUUGUUAUGUUAUGCUUAACAGUUUCAAAUUUGAUAAUCCUGAACCCUGUUAAUGUCUUUGACUAUUUCUUUGUAAUCCCUGCCUCCAUUUUAUCUGGCAUUUGAAAACUUGUAAGUACAGUAUCUAUGCUUAACAUCCGAGUGAGAAGCCUGUUAGUGAUGUUCUGUCCUUGGUGGUGUGUCUAUACCAAAAGAAGGUGAACACAUUGGCAAACUGAAUGGCAAAUAUCUUAAAUGUUGAGUUCUUUUUUUUUUAGCUGAAAUUCAUGAAAAAGUCUUCUGAUGUGCUAACAAAGAGCUCUGAGGAUAUAGCGCUGUAAAUAACGCUCCAUCUAACCCAAGGUGUGGACAAGUGCACAUUGCUUUUUAGAUAACUGAGUGCAAAGACCAAAAAAAUGUUUAUAACAAAACAAACUCAUGCCUUAUAUGGAGAGUCAAUGUUAAGAUAAGAAGCACAUUUCGUUUUUGUGUUUGAUUUCCCAGCGAAGGGUGUAUUGCUUUUUAUAUUUCAAUAUUUCUACCAAGACAGAACAACAGACACAUUCUCCAGAAUAGGUGGUAAUGUAUCUUUUCCAUGUAAAUGCCAGUCACACUUUCUGCAGUUACUUGUUUUGAUUUGGUGUUGUGAAGCUUUGAGUCACUAUUCACAGUGCACACCGGUAAUGUCAAACUGUAAUUGUUCUGCAAAAUCCUUCUAUCUCCAAUUAGACAAACUCUCAGUAACUGAUUGAACCUGGUGGAUUUCAUUAUGGUUUUAAAAGGUUUUCAAUUCUUUGGUUUAGUCUCAGGUCAAUUAAGUUUUUUAUUUUAAUGUGGGUCCAAUCCGAACUGCCAGUUACCAAGGAGACUGGAGUUACAAGGUUUCUGCAGGGCAGUGAUGUUGCUCUUGAGAACUGAAUUCUACAUUAUGAUUCUACAUUUACUUCACUAACUUCUCACUGAAAGUCAUUAAACCUUGUAUGUCAUUUUCAGCAGUUCUUCUGUGCUCAGCUUGCUUAAGUAAAAACAAAGUGGUUUAUCUA